AUGUCGACUAAAGAUAUGUUUGAGCUUUACAACGUACCUGUACCCACCGCUCCUUCGAGCAAGAAAAAGGGAAGUAGGCAACACCGCGGUGAGACCAAUCAGAACCCUCCAACAAAAAAAGCUCGGACUGGGGAUCCUCCAACGCCAGUUCAUUCAAAGGAAACUACACCUCCUCCGACUCCCCUCGACCAGACGUCUCCCCCAGCCCCCACCGAUCAGAUCUCUCCUCCAGCACCUGCUGACCAGAUAGCUCCCUCUGCUGACCAGGCAUCUCCUGCAGCACCUGCUGGCCAGGCACCUCCUGCAGCACCUACCGGCCAGGCACCUCCUGAUCAAACAAGAGAUGCCUUGAUGAGCAUUGUGCUUAGCUCGGCCAAGGAGAGGAUGACCAAAAUAUUGAGGCAUCGACGCAAUCAAGAGGCUAUCACUGGUACCGACUCCAUGGAGGUCGACCAGAUAAUUAACUGUGCGCUGAAUGAAAAAGGAAUUCUGACUAUGAUCGCCAGUUGGCGUCGCUUGGGAGCCCAGACUGCUCAGUAUGAGAAGAAGCUUGGCGAGCAACUUAAGGCGUCUGAGGAAAGACACGCUGAGGAGCUCAGGGUUGAUGAGGAAAAAUAUAAGGAGCAACUUGAGGUAGCCAAGAACUUUGUUGCGAUGUCGCUCCAAAGAUCUGCUCGCACCAACGGAAAUGCCUCCAAUGCUGCUCUGAUUAACAAUGAAGCCCCUCCGGUUCGUAGAAGGGGAGUGCGUGCUGCUGCCAGCCGCACUGCGCCGCUGACAUCGCCAGUUGACAACAUUGCAGAGAUCGCCAGACUGCGACAAAUAGUCGAGGAACUAUUUCAACAACAGUGA